CAGGACGUGGGUGGGGGUAGAUUCGUAAAGAUCUUAGGUAUAAAUAUUGGGUUUAUCUCGUUUUGAACUUAGUUAUCAGUUAAUUGUGUUGGAUUAUUAACCACAAGCAAUCAUGAAAGUGCUUGUAGCUCUUACUGCUUUAGUGGCUUCAGCUUUAGCGGCUCCACAAGGACCUUCCACCGAACCUAUUCCAAUCCUUCGACAAGAACAAGAAGUCAACUUUGAUGGUUCAUACAAAUACAGUUACGAGACCGGAAAUAGCAUUACUGCUGAAGAGCAAGGUUUCCUGAAAAAUGCUGGUCAGGCUGAGCAGGAAGCUCAAGUCGCUCAAGGACAAUACCAAUAUACGUCGCCCGAAGGCCAAGUGAUCCAAUUAUCUUACAUUGCUGAUGAGAACGGAUUCCAGCCUCAAGGCGAGCAUUUGCCCACUCCACCCCCAAUCCCACCGGCGAUCCAGAAAGCUCUAGAAUAUUUGGCUUCGCUCCCGUCGACUCCUGAACCCACAAGACGAUAGGAUUUUGUGUUAAAUUAAAAUAAAAGACAUGUAAUUAAAUUAUUUAGGUACCUACUAGACUUUAACAACGCCAUUAUUCUGUACUCGACUGUAUAAAAUGUUUUUUAAUCUAUGGAUUGUAUUUUUUUAUGARUUGUACAAGGAAUGAUUGAUGCUCUUGUGCCAAAAAUCCAAUAAAAACCUCCAUUGGAA